GCAUUUAAUUUACAUUAAGUUUACAAUUCGCGCGUAUCAGCAUGGCAACAAGACGUAUAUUGAUGAAGAUCGCGACGAACGAUUAAUGCAAUUGUCAUCCAUUUUAUCAACAAUAAUCGCAAAAAAUUUCCCCAUAUCUCGGCUUGUUUACUGUUCAAGGGCUUGAAAGUGAUUUUGAAGCUUGCGAAACAGCUUACUUUCUGAUUGUAAUUUACGCCGCCGAAAGUUAACCUAAUUCACUGUUUGUUGUUUCGCGGUGGGCACUGACGAGUCUUGAGGGAAGAUGUCUGACGGUGAAGCAGAAAAUGUGAAGGUAGCAGUGCGAGUGAGACCAUUUAUAUCCUUUUAACUUGUUUUACAACGUAAUUCUACCUCUACAAUUUAAUUUACAACACGCCGUGCGCGAUGACUCUGAUGAUGUCGAACUCUGCAAUUGAUUUGAUAAGUGUGCAGUGUUUGUAUAGUUCUCUCUCUAUGUGAUUUUUCAUGACCCGAUAUUCAAAUUGCCCAGAGGGCAUAAAGGGAAUAUAUCUUUAUUUAUCGCUUUUACCAGUAAACUGUUUUGCUAACCGGCAGAGCAGUUGAAAUCAAAUUGUAAUCAGCAAUAUUUUAUUACUAGAUAUGAGAUAUUACAGUCAAUAUGGCGAUGACUCGUCAAAAUUCAACUUGAACUUUAAAACACUCUCCACACCUGACUGCACGCGUACAUGUAACAUACGUACCUCCUGUGAGAUUUGGAUUUAAAAUUCGUGUAGUGUUACAAGUACUCUCGAUUAAGUAGGGUCAAAUUGAUUAUAUUUGAAUCUUUUGGCAUUAAAACAUACAACAAUCGUGUUUUAUAAUUUUGUUCAAAUUAAGUGUAGCGUAAUUGCUGUUAAUGAUGUUUUUAUAAAUAUAAUAUUGUCAAUUUCUAGUCCAACUUAAUUUUUAAUUUUAAUUAAGUAAGAUGGGGAAUAUAGAUUAAGAUGAGGGUUGGGGGUUGAUUUAAAACCAUGCAAGGCGCAUUCGAGGUCAGUGAAGGAUUUACAAGUGCCUAUAUUAACAAAUAAUGCCAACAGUGAGAAUUUUUUUGUUGUUGUUGUUGCUGCAAGAUUUUUUCAUUCUAGAAGUAAGACAAGGUUAAUGCAAUGGUUUUCAGUCAAAGAGGUGGUUUACUUUGUGAGGGUAUGUGAGUCGCAUGCCUCAGGGGCCUGAAAAGAGAUAACAGGGAUGGGAAAGAGCUUCUCCCCUUUUAUGCAUCACUUUAAUUCGAUCCCUUCCUUUCGGAUAUCACUUGGUAGCCUGAUUCUCAGACGUCUGAGGUUAUUUGCGGAAGGGACCACAAAUAAUGACCUCGGACGUCUCAGAAUCAGGCUAAUCACUUGGCUGCUCAGAAUGAUUGCAGCUAGCUGUAAAUUAUGCAGUUGAAUUGUCCCUAGAGUGAAAAGUCCUUUGCUGCCCAGCUGCAACGGAGCUGGUUUAGAUCUCAAAAUGGGUCCUUUUAAUUACCCUAAUAAAGUUUUUCCCUACAAGUUGAUUUGCCUGUACACCGACAUUGAUCUGCCCAGUACAUGAUCUGAGCUGUUUUGCCUGCACUGAAGUUAUUUUGCCAACCUAUAAUACUUGAGGUAAAUAAGACUUAGAACCUUACCUGUAAUGAUCAGAAAACUCAAGUUUGCUCAUAGACCUCUUUUAUAAUGGCGCCCCACUUAUCUACCAUAUAUAAAUGAGUCUUUCUGGUCGUGUUUGAAAGUAAGAAUUCUUUGGUAUUUUGCGCAUAUCAAUGAGGUCACAAAGGCUAAUUAUCAUAUGUAUAAAUAAAUAUAUAUUAAUAGCCUGCCACCAUUAAUUAUGAACGAGGUCUGUAGGGCAUCAUGAAAUGGAAUUAUCAUAAUUGCUCCUUAACAAUUCUCACAAUAAACGUGAAAAGGCCAGAAAUUCAACAUUAAUUGUUGAGAUGAAAGGACAGACAACUUACCUGCAAAACCCUGAAGAACCCAAUGAGGAACCAAAGAAGUUCACAUUUGAUUUCAGUUACUGGUCACAUGAUGGCUUUGAAGAGAAACCUGAUGGCUACCUGGCUCCAACUGUUCCACAUUAUGCAGAUCAGGUAUGAAUGGCUAAAUGCAUAAAACUGAUUAUGAUAAUGAAAGAAAUAUGGUAUAUGAGCAUAACUCAAGGCUGCAUGGCUCUAUGAAAAAUAUAAGGGGGCCCGGUGCUCUGAACCUGUGAAAUCCGGGGUGCCCAGUAUAGGAUUUACCGUAAAUCCUCUAUUAAGCCCCCCCUCUCUAAUAAGCCCUCCCUUUUCAGAGGAGGAAAGUUAAUAAGCCCCCCUCUCUAUAAAGCCAACUCCCUCUCCCCUCCAUCCUUAUUCUUCACAAACAAUUAACGUGGACUGAUCAGUUAUAGUUUAUUCAGGCUUGAAAUUCAUAUUAUUUUUAGUCUUCGGCCACAAGACCUCCAACUUCAUGUGCUGAACUUUUUCAACUUUAUGCUCUAGUUCUCCGUGGAGAAUUGUUACCAUUUUCUUUCUGUUAGAAAAAGCAGUAUAGUGCCCGGUAACCACAAGUCCGUCCUCGAGAAACCUAAUGCUUCUGUUGAUGCAUUUUGUUAAAUUGAAUAUGCCCCCCUUCUUUUAAGCCCCCCUUAAAAGUGCUUGAAAAAUAAUUAAUAGAGGAUUUACGGUAUUUGAGAAAGCAAAUAUCUUCUGGUUGCCCGAGAGCAACAUUUAGGUGCCAGCUGGGGCCACUGGGAACUGCUAGAGCACAGCCUUGUAACUGCAUUUGACAUCGGGAGAACGCAACCUUAACUCAACCUGUGAGAAGCCUGGGCACAAACAUUAAGCAGAAAGCAACUUGAAUUUUGAAUGGGUCAUGCACUGGAAAUGGAAAUAUGGCAUAGACCUUAGACUUCUUAUUCCAAGAGCCUCACAGUCCCUUUAGAUCACUAUAAUUAAAAAAGUGCUUCAGCGAACAGAAUGUUUUGAAAUGCCAUGGGGGUCGACACUGAGAACAUUAACAAUUCAGAAAAUUUACUGUUGAAAUGACAACAGACAUAAUCAGCAGUUCCUCUUCACCCCUUUUCCUUAUUUGUAUCCAGUUGCAGAUUGGUUGAAGGAGACUAUAGCAUGGCAUCAUCCCCAAUAUUCAUCUCCCCCCCCUACACAAUUUAAUCCCUUGCUAAUUUUUAAGAAAAACAAAAGCAAAGACAGUGGAUGAGUCAGUUUAAGCAAUUUGUACACAUAGCACAUCUUAUUGUGUUGCAGAUGAAAGUGUAUAAUGACCUUGGCAAGGGGGUCCUGGAUAAUGCUUGGGCGGGGUUCAACACUUCACUGUUUGCUUAUGGUCAGACUGGAUCUGGAAAGUCUUGGUCAAUUGUUGGUUAUGGUGCAAACAAGGGUAUGUAAUAAUUAGGCAGACCUUAAUCUUCAUUGGAUCAGACCCUAGGCAUGAUUUUUCUUGGAUACCUCCUGGGUCACUGUUAAGUCAUUCUAUGUUGUCUUGGAACAUCGUAAAGGCAGCUAAGGAUGAAAAUUGUUUUUAGUGGGGGCGGGCUGGGGCAGGGAGGGGUUGCACUUCCCCUUCACGGCUAUUGUUUCCAAGUCUUUGGGUAAAACUGAUUAAUUUACAGAAAGUGUAUAAUCUACGUUAAUAAUGUUAUGAAACAUUUACCUCUCAAUAUAAAUAUUCCUUUGAAUAAAAUUUUUUUGUCUUGUUCACAACUGUAACAUGUUGUCAGACUACAAGUCAGACCUCUUCACCUACGGUACAUGCCGUAUUGUUACGUCCAUUUUUUAAAUGUCUGAGAGGUUAUUUUAUCAGUAGAGGUAUAAUAAAGGUGCAAAUAGAGGUGCAAUAAAUUACCAUAUGAUAUUGUGGGAAUCAACGUCCUUUUAAAAAAGUGACCCUGAAAUUUCAAAUUCUCCUUUUUGUUUUGCUGUAAAGUACAUCACAAUUUAGAAGGAGAGUCCAGCAGUUUAUCAAAAAUCACUGAAUGAUUUUUCCAUAGUAUCCGUUCAGUGAUAUAAAAUUAAAUUAAAUUAAAUAUUCCUUCAUUGCAUUAAACAUAGGUAUUGUGCCAGUCUUUUGUGAGCAAAUAUUUGUGGGAAUAGAGGAGAAAAAGCAAAGUGGUGAUACAGGACAGUAUGAGGUAAUGAAAGGAUCUGUGAUGUUUAAGGUUCCGAAAAACAAAUUCCUAUUCAUUAAUUGGAUUCAAAUUUAUAAGUAUAAGCUCACUAGACAAAUUGAAGACUCGUGUCACUUGUGUAUUUUGUGCAGAACUAUCACUGUUGGCUUAAUCUGAAGAAUGCCCGGAGUGUUUACUAAUAGUUCUUGAGAAUUCUUCUUUAAAAUGAUCAUUAUUUAAUGCACUGGGCACACUUCCAUGUCAUUAAUUUGAAAUUAUGUCACAGUGUAAAAUGGGAUAAUUUGAAUAACACAGGGAUUUGUUCUGUGGUUUUUAUACUGUACUAAUGUUGGCAUAUAUAGUAAGAAGUGAAGGCAGACGGUGUAAAUUUUAUACCAGACUUUUUGUGUGCUAUUAGGUGCAUUUUAAACACUCUAGUGCUGUAUAAUAACUACUGUUGACAAUUGUUUUUAUUUUUCAAGGUGGUGUUUAGUAUGCUUGAGAUCUACAACGAAAAAGUGCGUGACCUUUUAAAUCCUUCAAACAGCAAAGGAGGCCUGCGUGUCCGUCAACACCCCAAAAAAGGCUUCUAUGCUGAUGGUCUUAAAACUGUGCCAGUGAGUAAAUACAAAGAUAUUGAGCAGCGCAUGGAAGAAGGAACUAGAAGCAGAACAGUGGCAGCUACUAAUAUGAAUGCCACAAGCAGGUGCAUGGCUUAAAAUUUUACUUUGUAAGAUUAACAAGUACAUCUCAUUGUAUGAAAGAUGGGUGCCUAGGAUGUCUACGGGCCUCCACUGUCCCCAGAAAGUACUUAGAUAGAGAACUGCUCCCAUAACUGACAAUAUUUCCCCCAACAAGCCAGCCAUGAUUCUCCACACCACACUCGGUUGUCCAGCACCCAUCCCAGCCACUUCAAGGGGAGGAAAGGGCAUAAAAAUGAAAAUGAAGAACACAUCUAGUCAAAUAGUCGGUGAUUAGAUCAUGGUAUUUCCUACUUACCCAAGAUUAAGUCUUUUUAAUAAUGCAGCUACCUCUGACAAUGCAUCUUUGAAUAACACCCAAACUUUAAACCAGGGGCGGAUCCACACCAGUUUCCACUGUUCUACAGAAAUCGGUCAUAUUUUUAAUUAAAAAAAAAACUCUCCAAGUUGAAAUUUUGGCCAGUACCCACUACAACAUGAAAACUGACUUUGAAAUAAUCCUCUGAUUUGCAAGGCUUCAUCCAAGGACAAUGGAACUGGAUAAUAUCCCUUCUGAAUGACUCAGAAACCCAGAGAAGGGGACUUUAAAAGGAAUUUAAAAUCAAAAAAAUAUCCUGCGGGAGCAUACUGCAGACCUCCCACAAAGCUUUCGUAUGGAAAUCAGUCUGUAUUUAUCCUAGAUCUGCACCUGUAAACACUACUUAUUGUUUUCUCUGUGUUGACUUUUUUAGUCGUGCACACACAAUAGUGGGUGUGACCUUCACACAAAAGAGGAAAAAUGACGCUGGUGAAGAGACAGCAAAAACAUCAUUAAUCAACCUGGUGGAUUUGGCUGGAAGGUGUGUGAUUUUUCUUUCUCUGAAAUUCUAAAAGCUUUUCAUUGUUGAUGCAGAUUGUGUACCAAAUCUGCUUUUAGUACACAUAAAAACUGCGCAGCCCAUGAAGAUUGUAGGGUCUCAAGUUCUACACAGGUAUCUUUUAAAAAGAGACCCUUUGUGGCAAUCUCCCAUGAGGGUUUUGCUUUCUGCGUUGUCAAUAAACAGGAGAUGCAACUAUGUGAGUAUAAAGAACCUUAGAAUCCUUUAUAGUAGAGUGUGGGUGAAUCAUAUCUGUUGUUACUCUUUGAUAACUGUCUGAGCGUUAAGUGGGGCAAAACUUUAAAUAUCAUAGACAACAGUUACCUUUCACUGGUGAUAAAAAAAUGCAAGUUGCUGUUGUCCAAAUGUUGGUAUAAUAAAUAAUAGUUUGGUUUUGGUUUUGAACAGUGAACGUGCAGAUUCUACUGGGGCCACAGGAGACAGGCUUAAGGAAGGAGCAGCCAUUAACCAGUCAUUAUCCAGUCUGGGAAAUGUUAUUGCUGGUAUGAAUGUUAUUUGACAAGUUUGCUUAACUUUUAUAUUUUCUGAUUGUACUUGAUCUGUCCCAUUUCUAUUUGAUCAAUCUUUCAUCUGUUUUCCAUUCAUUCCACCUAUUUUUGCUGCUCCAAUGAAAUGUACUUUGUAAGAUUUGUGGCUUCUCAUUUUCCCUUUCUAAUUUCAUCCGCCUCCUAUUCACUUCCCAUCCAUUCCUUUGUUUGCCCACUUUUUUAGUCAACUGUGCCUUUCUUAGUUGAUUUUUUCAUUCUAAAACACAUCCUUGUUGUUUGCCUUGCAACAUUUUAACAUUCACAAUUCUUUUAUUGAAUUGUAGCUCUUGUAGAUAAAGCAAAUGGAAAGAAUGUCAGAGGUAAGUCACAAUGUCAUCAUAAUCAUUAUUAACGGUCCUCUUAGCACCCAUUGGACAUAGGACAUAGGCUGUCACUUGAAGCAUUCUAAGACAAUACUAAUUUAAAAUCACUUGUUUUUAGUUCCCUUUAGAGACUCAGUUUUGACAAAACUUCUGAAGAAUGCUCUUGGAGGAAACAGCAAGACUAUGAUGGUGAGAAUGAAGUACAUUGGUGAAGAAAGAAAAAAAGCCAUUUUAGAUUUUUUUUUGUGCCCAAUACACCCUACAUCGUUUACAUAUGGGCCAGCCACUGUCACUUCUCACUGUAACCUUUUCCUCAUAAUGAGAAGACCCAUCAGGUGUUACGAUUAUGCCAUCUGUUAUAACGUAGCCUGCACCGCUGACGAAACUAAACUCUUGUUAAGUCCGUCUGCCAAACAGCGCCUAAAUCCUUGUUCUGGGUCCCCACCUGAGAACCAGGAUUUGAGUACGCGCCUAAAGACGUAGCCGCUAUUCCCGUCCCUUGCGUCCCGUCCCGUAUUCCCAUCAAGUGCGCAAGUAAGUACGUGCGUAACCGACAUUACCGCCUUGGUCCACGACGCGUCUGCAAUGUUAGUAGCCUGCGUCACAGACGAAACUUCACUUUGGUUAAGUCCGUCAGCAAAUCAGCGCCUAAAUCCUUGUUUUGGGUCCCCAACUGUGUACCAGGAUUUGAGUACACGCCAUGAUUGGCCUGUUAAAGAAGACAUUGUCCAUUUGCCAAUCAAAAGGAAAUUCGAUACACUCUUCCGGUAAUUCAUUGAGUCCGUUGGGUUCAAAACGAAGAUAUCAGCGCUGCUUCGCAGACGUCACUAACUGAGGUUAAUUUCGUCUUCGACGCAGGCUGUCAUAACGUAGAACAGAAAUGUCUUCAGCCCAAUAUGUGAUCUUCAACUAGCUUAAUAUCAAAUUAUCAGUUAUUAGAGAGUUCAAGCAUCACGUAUACGGCAAACUCAAUUUGAGACUUUCUCAAAGUCGAAAAUGAGCAGAUCAAAACAGCUCGAAACAAUUCUUAUGGAUGAAAAAUUGCGUAAAACUACUAAUUUAUGUGUUGAAAUAAUAAACGACAACCAAAGGGAAAACUUGUUCACAUGGUACAAAUUCGCGUUUGCCGUGAUGCUUAACCUCUCUAGUGUCUUGACUUUUCCCUUGGCAUGCAGUGAGAAGACGGUCUAAAAGAGGAGAAUCACCCGAUAUACAUUGUGUUUGAUGUCUGUCUUUACUUAGAUUGCUGCCAUCAGCCCAGCAGACAUCAACUAUGAUGAAACACUGUCAACAUUAAGAUAUGGUAAGUUUUUUCCUGUGAGCUCUUGGCAGAUUUCUUUCAACGUUUUGUCAACUUCACACAUAAUCAGUUUGAACAUUUUAAAAUAAAAUAUGAUGCAAUCUUUCAAUUUAUAGCUGACCGUGCGAAACAGAUCAAGACGACAGCUAAAGUGAACGAGGAUCCAACAGAAAAGCUGAUUAGAGAGUUAAAAGAGGAAAAUGAGAAACUCAUGGAAAUGUUGAAGAAAGCGCAGUCAGGGGAGGCUGUGAAAUUAUCGGCAGAUGAUGAUGACGAUGAUGACGACGAGGGCCAGAAAGAAGGGAUGAGCGAGGAGGGUAAGUCCAGAACAUGUUAUUUGGGCGAAUUUGUUUACUUAACGUUGUCCUUCGCUGCUCUCUUAUGGGAACAGGCGGAUUUAUAAAAUUACCUGAGGAUUCUGCUCAUUGAUCUGUUUGCUGUUUGCCAUUUUCAGAAUUGGCGGAGCUCAGGAAACAAAUAGAAGAGGAAAUCAAAGCUUCAGUAAGCCAUUCAUUACCUGCGAACAACAAAUGAUUAGUAAGUUAUCUUUUUUGAGGCCGAUACUGAUCCGUGCUUUUUUUUUACUUAAAGAUGGCUCAGACAGAACGCGCAACUGAAGACAUGAGCAAAAACUGGGAUGAUCGAGUUGCAGAGUCCAAUCAGGACGCUAAGGUAUAACUAGCCUCUAAUCACCACCUGCACGACGCGUAAAUGUUCCUUUUUUAUGUGGUGGUAAGCUAUUGAAAACGUAACAUAAACAAGGGACAUAUUAAGUGUUUCAUCACAUAGCAAGCAAACACUAAGAUGAAUAUAAGAUGCAUACCAGAGUAGUUUUGACGGCGGACUUCCGACGGUGGUCACAUAUUCAUUGACUUUGUAGGAUUUCGUCCACGGCUCAGAAGUUUGAGUCAUCUUGUACAGUAUAAUAAAAAGCAGAAAUAGAACGUACUACCCAACAGCUUAGAGGUACCCAUCACUUAACACGGCAGUGAGAUGCUGUACUUCCUGUGAAUGACUCUCUCUUUAGCCAGUCCAGUUCAUAUCGUGAGUAUUGUUUCUCUAAUCUGAAGGACAAUGAGGCUGAGAAAAAGGAGCGCCAAACGACCCCUCAUUUGUGGAAUUUGAACCCAGAUCCUCAGCUGACAGGAAUGAUUGUGCAAAUGAUAAAACCUGGUAAGUAUAAUUAUCUCGUUGUAUCAACCAAACAACUUGAUAUUUCGAGACUUGGAUUUUGCGCUUGCGCACGCCCUACUUUUAGCCUGCUUCACAAUGAUAAGAAAAGCCAGACUAAUUUUCAUCUUGACGCGAAGCGUUUUCACGACAUGUAUACAAGCUUAAGAAAUGAAAAAAUAAUUAAUCCUCUUUUAAAAGUGUACAAAAUUUCAUUGGCCUAUCCAUCUAUGAUUACUCAAUUUUGAUGCGCGAAAAUGUUUGUACUUACCUGGAAAAUGUAACUCUUUACUUUCCUACUGCCACUAUUUUAGAGAAAUUAAAUUUUGUUGCAUGUUGUCCUGAUAUCAUUACCUCCCUUUUCCUUUCCACUUUAGGAGUUGUGAAAGUUGGUAACAAAAAAGCUGAUCCGCCAGUAGACAUUGCUCUCGUUGGAUUGAAGUAAGUUGUUGUGAAAGAACUGUAAAUUAAAUUCUUGCUAUAACGUCAAUAGUAGAUCCAACAGUACCAGAGAAUCGUACGUGCUCUUCUUGUACCAGUAUUCAAAAGACGUGCUGUUUAGAGAUGGACGUGCGUCCUUGUUUUACCAAUGCCAUUGACGUCUGGGUCAAUUCAUAUUUGGUUUAGUAUUCAGAAGGAACACUGCGAAAUCAAGAAUGAGGAUUCUAAGAAGAUCACCAUCAGAGCCAUUGGUGACGCCAGAGUUCUUGUAAACGGUGAACCAGUGGAUGAUGACGAAGAGGAAGAACUACAUCAUCUUGACAGGUAUUUCUUGGGUGGUUGUUGUUAACAUACAAUAUUUUACAUUGUUUUCUAAAUAAGGCGAGGGCAGAUCACAGAGAUCAUCGUUGUAUUAUUGGUUGGUUUUAAAUGUUGAUAGCUCAUCACAAGGGUGCACGGCCCAUGUAUUCUUUUUAUGGACAGCACUUUGGAUUCCGCUACGUCGCCUUCCAAUAGACGAAGGGGGUGAAGGAGGCAAAGAUUAUAACAUGUUCUUGCCACCCUGGGUCAUUAGGGAAGCCAGCACUUGAACCCACGACCUCUCACAAGGCUUGAGACGGCCACUCUGCCAUUAACUUAGCUAUUAAAACCCGACCCGAGGAAAAGGAUGUGUAAACCUUGAUCAUUAUUCCUAGCAUAUCUUGUCUCUCGUUCUUAAUAGUUGUCAUGUUUUCCUUGUCAGGGUGAUGUUUGGAACGAGCCAUUUGUAUGUUUUUCACCAUCCGGCUGAAGUGGAAUCUUCUUCUGUAAAACAGGCGGAUAUUACGUACGAAAUGGCUCAGGAAGAAAUCGCCAAAAAUGCCGGACUUGAUGUGGAUGAUCAGGAAGAAUCCAAAGGUGAUUCAACCUUUUUUCUGUACUUAGAACUUUAUAGGUUACAAAGAAGCUGUCCUUUUUUCCUGGAGGAAAAAUAAGUGUUGCUAUUUGGUCUAAAGGUGUUUAUUAUUAUUCCGCUAUAGAAGCAAUGUUGUUACGUGAGGACCUGGCUGACUUGAUGCCUAUGGUAAAUGAAGCGAAUGCUAUUAGUCAAGAGUUGGAUAAGAAGGUAAAUUAACAAAGCUACAUUAUCAUAAACGGUUGACGGUCAUCUCGCCACCAAGAAGUCGACUCGCCGCAACCAACUCGCUACCAACUGUGUAGCCUGUGUAGAUUGGAAGACUGGAAGCAGGUCAAGUCUCCCGGGAAUAACAAUCCAGGGGUCGACAGGGUUUAUUGUCUGAGAUCUCGUCCAAUCACCUAGGUAUGUGAGUAGACUGUGUCUUGGUGGCGAGUCUACUUCUUGGUGGCAAUUUCGGAUACCUCAUAAACAGAUGAAGUGGACUGUUGUCGAGUUUGUUUUUGUAAGUGCUUGUUUCGUACCAAGGUCUGCCUCAUAUAGGGUGCUCUGGUACAUUGGUGUUAUUCGUUGAGGUCCUCGCAGUUUUUCAUGAUCCUGAUUCAUUUUUGCUACUUUGCAGGCUUCGUUUGAAGUUGUAGUUGUUUCUGCUAAAGCUCGUGGUCUCCCAGAUGGCAGACCAGAGGUAAGUAUCGAGGAAAAUGAUUUUCGGGACCACAUUUUCGGAUCUGCGUUUCUUAAUGUGUUGUAUUUGUGUUUUUCCUUUAUUCUACCUCAUUAUGUUACAAAAACGUACGAAAACAAAGGAGAAAAAAAUUGAAUUACAACAAACAUUUACAGAUUAUGUUAUUCGAAACUCCUCCCUUCAUUGAACAACAGAUUGUGCGACGAAAUGGUACACGUUUUUGGCCUGCUUUGUGUAGGGUCCCCAAAAGGGUUCCUCAAUCCCGUAAUCCCUAGGGUUGUUUUGGGCAUCCCGCAUUCCGUGCGUACUUUAAAUCCCUAAUCUCGCCCCCAUUUUGCUUUAAAAUCCCGAAUCCUGGCCUUCAAACAAGGGAAUCCCGGAUCCCUAAAAACAUAUGAGCGACCCUCUUCAUUCCAAGUAUUACAUUCAGCCUCUUUCUAUAUGUAUUCAGCCUUACGUAGUUAUGAAGGACUUGCAAAGCGGUGCAGAAUACCUGUGGUCUCGGACCAAAUUCAUCAACCGCAAGUUUGUCAUGCAAGAUAUGUUCGAGAAUUAUGAGGAUGGCGAUGAUUGGCAGCUACCGGAUGAGAAGGAUCCCUUCACUGAGAGUGCGGAUGCCGAGAGUCUUAUAGGUUGUGUGGAAGUUUCAAUGCAAAGUCUUGGAUAUGUGGUGAGUUGAAGUUUGCAAAAAGGAUAAACUUAUAUCAUUUUGGUUUAGUAGAUCUCUCCAGUUAAGGACGGCUUUUAACAUACGACACAAACAUAAGCACGCGGAAAAGACGCAGAAGCGUAGAGGUUCGCUUACCUUAAUGAAUUUGUUUACUCGGCUGUCUUAAUUCCCUGUGUAACUUUUCUUUCAGCUGGACAUGAGAGAGCAGCUCAGUAUCACGGACUACAAAGGGAGAGAAGUUGGCUACUUAAAUGUAAAGGAGACAUUAGAUUACACCCAUAUGAUUUAAGCGCAAUUUAAGUAUUACUACCUUGCUCUUCUUAUGGUCUUCCUUUGUAGGUGGAAGUGGUACCCUUAAACGAUAAAGGCAACGAAAUCACAGAAGAGGACGAUAUAUUCAUUGACGACCCCCAACAACUGGUGAGCAAUUCAUCACGUCCAACUUAUGGCUUUAUCACUCACUUUCACCAGAGAUUGGAGAAAAACGUUUCUUAAGCGUCCAUAGUACCAUAUACAAGGUGUUUUGACAUUAUAUAGUUAAUACCUCUCGCGUCUCUUUUUUCUGUAGGAAGGAAAGAAACUAGAUUUCGUGGUACGCGUGCAGAGUGCAAAAGGAAUACCUAAACGAUACACGGUAGGCAGUAGUGAAACUAGGAGGUAGAAGGCAUCAUUAUACGUUUGUAAGAAACUGCCUACCUACCCCUCCCCUAAGCCAACAUUAACACUUACUUCUCAUUAAGGGCAAAAUGUUAGCUUAGGGAAGGGGUAGGUGGGCAGUUUCCCACAAAAGUAUAAUGAUCCCUUUUUUCUUUGGCCUAAAUGGGUAUGUGCCGCUGAACAGGAUAUACUUUUCAGGGUCUUGAGUCUUAAAUGGUGCAUACAAUUUCACUAUUUUCUGUCUUGAACAUGGUGCCUUUUUGGAUCAGACGCCUCUAAAAAAGUGUGAAGAUUGGCGAUGAGCGGUUUACAUUUAUUUUUUGGUACAAACAAUUUGUUUUAAACAAUCGAAUUCCAUGAAGUUUGUUUGAAAAAUUACUUAAUUCUGUAUGCGGAGCAAAACGAAUCAGGGUCAUUAAGUACGAUCUCUUGUAGCAAAAUGAACAAUUUUUGACUUAAACAGGGUCAGGCUGUGAAUGUCCUGCCGGCUCAACACUCUAAAGGUGGUCUUACACGAGACGAUUCGCAACGACUUUUUUUUAGCGCAAGACAUCAUUCCAACAUUGUUGCGAUAUUGUUUAGAAUGGUUGCAACAUUGUUCCAACAUUGCUACGCUGUGAUGCGCAAAAAAUCGUCGUUGCGAAUCGUCCCGUGUCACAUCACCUUAAUUCUGUUUGCUAACUUUGUGUGCGCACUUUACAACUGAAUGUAUUAUGUUUUGUUGUUACAGGAUGUAUAUUGCAAGUAUUCCAUGUACCUUGAAGAUGACAUUAAGACCAAAGUGAUAUCCGGAACAAGGAAUCCUGAAUUCAACUACGAGAGACGGUUUACCUUUGAGCAAUGCACCCCCAAGGUAAUGAACCUGUUAACGGGUAGGAAUGGUCGGUACCUUGAGGAGAGUGGGACCAAAGUGACAAUUUGUAGCCUGCAAAUCACAGGCCAUAUUAAUAUGUUAGUAGCUGUCGGUAACUUCAGAAAACGUUUGGAACAGUUGUUCUGUAGACCUUUCUCAUUAUCUCAUUAAAGCCUCUGUCAAACAGCUUCAAAAGGCACAACAUUUGCUGUCGUUCCCAGUCGUCCUCGGCGAUUUCGGAUGCGACGUCACCUGUCAAGCUUGUCGGGAAAAUUCGCCGAGGACGCCUCGCGCUGUCGCGCCCGGUUUCAAGCCUCCUCUGGUCACUCGGAUAGCGCGAACUGGCCUGGGUAUAAGGCUGAACCCAAACAUAACAAUGUUGCAAGACGCUGAGAGAACUUUCUUUUGUUCUGAAAUCAACACCAAUAAAGAAUACCAGUUGUAUUAGAAAACCGCAGUUCACGAGGGGGGAGGGGGAACCCUGCACUUUCCCCUAGAUCCGCCCCUGCGCUCAAAUACUUUUGUAAAUAAAUGGAGAAAUCGCUCUAAGGCGUUUCAUGACAUUGGACAAAGGAAGGCAACAAGCGGGGGCGUUUAUUUCAAAUACCGUAAAUAACGUAAGAAUCGCCCGGGGCGUCUAUUUAAUUUUAGGGGUCCAAGAUACAAUUUUAAAAAUUGCGGAAUAUCCACUCCAUCGAUUGGGCGUUUAUCAGGUCAUCUUUCAAAUCCCAACAUCGAAGUAAAGCAGGGUACCGUUAUUGAACAAGAUGAAAUACGCAAAGCCUUUUGUCCGCCGUGAUUUUUGAUUUUGCUAAUACCUAGUCUUUUGCCACGUGCCGCGUCUAUUAGGCAGGGGGCGUUUAUGGAACAAACCGUAUAGUGGGCGUUUUUCGCAGUAAGCAGUAGUGAACUCCCGUCGUCUUGAUUUUAAGCACUGCCACGUGCCGCAUAGGCAGGAAUAAACCUUAUUUUCUUUUCUUCCUUAUUUGUUUAUGGUCAUUUUCUUUUCUUGGUUAUUUGUUUUGGAAAAAAUAUUUGGUCAAAAAUUGUGGUUAUGUUGAAACAAUGUUGCAAGUGUUCGACUGGGGCUUUAGAUGUUUGUAGAUUGCAAAUUAAAAAGUUACACCGUUCCUUUUUUUAUUGUCUCCGUUGUUUUUCCCCUGAUUUGUUUUAUGACAGUUUAUCAAGUUCCUGAUGGAGAAAUCAGUCAUGGUUCAGCUGUGGGGUAAACAAGUCGUGGAGAAGAAACCGGUGAACAAGGCAGCUAAAAAGGGAAAAGAUACCAAGGCCAUAAUGAGGAAGGAAACGGUUAAACAAAAGGUAAGAAAGAGAAUCAGGCAAGAAUGGUGAUUACGGUACUGUUCAAGUCUAAAAGAUGACGUAUAGAUUUAGUAAAGACCAAAAGCAAAACUGAAGCCAGAAGCAAUUUGAAUUCCUCCUGAAAAAUGAACCUGAACCUGCCAGCCUGCGGCGAAUUUUAAAAAAACAUUCACCUCAAUGUUUUGAACGCCUGAGUUCGCGACACAGUCAUGUGACAUUGGUCAGCGGAUACCCUAUUUUGACACCUGUCAAUUGACCAUAACAUGGGUGUCCAAUAUCAAGUUAAUUAAACACAUCGUAUAUGAGAGAGAAUAGUUAACAUCGUGGGAGAAUUAGAAGAAAAUGUCAAGGGCUUCAGUUUCUAGAAAUGGAUUUUUUGAGAACCAAUGAAAGACUUCACAGAACGCAAGUUUUCUUAAUCUAUAAAACUGAAAUUUGGAGGACCCAACCUCUCUAAUUUUGCGGAAAAUGUACUCUUCAAUUCCUAAGUCAUCCUGGAACUUCAACUACUAUGACAAAUCACACCUGCUUUGUAUAAGUGUACUUGCAUCACUUCGCGGAUCUUUGAGUUAUAUUUAAAACUAACACACUGAACCUUGGACGUCCGGGGGCGAUUGUCAUCUUGUUCCCAUUCUUAUCAGCCCUGGCGUGCGCCUUCCUCCUUACAACACGAAAACUUAACCGGCAAGAGUUUGGGUUAAUUGAACGACCUUCCAUUUUAGGUUUCAUUGAAUCCACAAAUGGUGAAGGGCAUAGCGGAGAUGACCACCCUUAAAAAGCAAAACAAGCGACUUCAGGAUAAAAUGGCACAACUUCGCCAGAUGUGCGAUAAACACCAGUCAGAAGGUCAAACAACUUUAGCGGUAUGUACAAUCACAGCUGUGCUCUGCUGAACCGAUGCAAAAAACGCAGUGAAAUAGGGCUUUAAUUGUCCAUUUUCGAUAUGUUAAAAUUAGAGUUGAAUCUCUCCACAACGGACUCCUUGGGACAGAAGAAAGAGGUUUAAACAAGAUUCAAUGUAUGGACUGUCCGCCCAAAAAUUGACCGUUGCAGAGAGGUGGCCUUAAUGGAGGUUCGACUAUACUUGGGUCGGAGGCUUGGGGGAAUAAAACAAAAGAAAUGUUUUCCCCCAAGCCUCGGAGCCAAGUAUGAAUUUUAAUAUGUCGAAGUUGGUCUAUUAAUUUUUCGACACCGUUAGACAGUUUAAAGUCUCUGAAUUAAUCCAGCUCAAAGUCAAGGCUCUGUUUUCUCGUUUUUGUUUUUAGAUAACUGACGUACGAGCCAUCAUCGGGGAUACGAAUGCAAAUACUCAACCUGCUCCUAACCAGCCUUCGAAUACGGCGGCCAAUGCUCAAAGAACCCAAAGGAAAGAGAAUUCAACGGAGAGCAGCGCAUGCGCAAUCUUGUAACUUAAGAAAAUCGCCUUCGCAAAGCACGUACUGUCGCAACAGACGGUACAAUUAAUAGAAUGCCAGUCGUUUUACAGGCGUUUCACUCAUACGUACGAAGAAAUCCAAGCGUUCAUUUCGGAAAAGAGUGCAAGUGAAAAAACCAAAUAACUAGAAUCGAAAACUCGUUAAAAAACAGUUAAAGAGCUUUAACAAAGACGUUUUUGAGCGACGCUCGUCACCCGGAAGGAGACGUUUUGCAUUCUUGGGUAGUGGGUUUGCCCAAAUUUGCGGGCAGAUCGUCUCUACAAGAGUAAAGACACUUAGCAAUACAAAUUGGUAGCGUCAAGACAUAUUAAAAGAGGAAAAGGCCUCCAGUUGAUGUGCGUCGCUCAAAAACGUGUUGGUCCCAAAUAAUUGGUUCCGCAGACUUGCAAGGGAAGGCAACGACAGCCGGUCUUUUGUUUCUCAACAUAGCAAUCACCUUUCGUAUUGGCUAUUUUGAGUUUGCGCUUGGGUCGGUGGUGUGUUUUGUUUUGUUGUGUUGUAGGACUGUUUUGGAGGAUGAAUUUUAUGUUAAUAGUCGUUUUAGUCAAUAAAGAGGCGCUAGCGUUCCCCAAACCGUCCCGUAAUACACCUCGAUAAAACCCCGCCCCAGUCUCCACUCGGUCGUUCUUCGUGCGUCUUUUCAAGGACAGUACGAAGUAGCAUAACUAGUAAUUUUCCCGGGAAAAUAAUUGUACAUAGAACUGCACACAACACGCUAAGUGCGUGCUUAGAGUAAAGUAGUUUCAAUUUGUAUAAAUGUUGUGGGUAGAUUUCGACGGUGUGAUAAAAAUAUUAAA